AUGGCAUCCAACCGUAACAGUACACCCGAGCAAGAGACCGAGGCCCUCGAUAAGGCUGCCCGUGAAUGGAUUAAUGACCUUGAGACUUAUGAAAACACUCUCGAGGAGAUGGCAUCGGCCGCUCUGGACCAGGAAUUUAAAGAUGAGCUGAGUGCCAUCGAGCAAUGGUUUCGCGUACUUAGUGAAGCCGAAAGGACCGCAGCUCUGUACGCACUCCUUCAACAGACUACACAAGUUCAAAUCAGGUUUUUUAUCCAGGUUCUUCAGCAGAUGGCUAGGUCUCAUCCGAUGUCGAACAUUCUUUCCCCCAACACCUUUGAGAAAGAUGCUAUGGCCUCUCGUAUGAAUGAUGCAAUGAAUAAGUUGAACAUGGGAAGUACUCGUGAUUCCUUUAGUCGCCCUCCUCCCUCUCCGGGUGCACCCCCUAGAAACUCCGGAAUGGACUCCAAUGCCCAAGCCAUGUUCCCGGAUGCGGCUGCUGCAAUCGCGGCCCAGCGAGCUAUGAUUGCCGGUCAGGGAGGAAAUGGUGCAGCAAAGUCCAACCGUAACAGCGCUCUGUUUGAAACCCGUCCGUCGUCUUCAUUGACGCCGUCCAUCUCCGGUCCAAACAAUGGCUCAAAGGAAAAUCCACCGCCGUCUCCGUGGAACCGCCCUAGCAAUGAUUCAAAUAAUGAGAAUUCCCGUCCGAAGUCAGCUGCUGAAUCCAUGGGUAAUUUUCAACUUCCUCCGCCAUCUGCUGGUCUCCGGUCACCCCGUAACCCUCCUCCGCAGAUCACCGGCAACACUAACCUUCAGACAACAACGUUAAAUGCGCCAUCUAAUGGCGGCAUGGAAAUGCCUCAGCUCUCCCCGUACGGCGAUGCACCCAGCGGCAACUGGGCCUCUAUGGUCAACACACCUGUUGUACCUAUGUUCCCUCAGUCAGCCAAUGCUGAUAUGGUUGCCAAUGCUACAGCCAUGAAGUUGGCUGCUCUGUCAACUGUGAAUAAUCGUAUCAUCCUCGACAACGAUCCGAAAGGCUGGGGCAACCACGGUCUCAACUCUCCACGCAAUAUAUCCAUGAAUUCCAUGUCGAACCUGAACCCGCAGAACAUCACGAUGUAUAACGAACACGGCCAGCUAGUACACAUACCCGCAGCUGCGGCUGCCGCUGCUCUUGCCCAACAACAGCAGCAAAAUGGCUCUCCGCUUCUGGGAGGUCGUUCUCGACCCAACUCUCCUGGUGUUUUCCACUCGCCUGCCGCGCAGUGGGGUGGUAUGGGGUUUACGUCUCCACAAGCUGGUGGAUUCCUUGCAGCGCAGUCUCCCCUUCUUAAUAGCAAUUUACUCGGACAGUUUGGAGGUAUGCCAACUGAAGGCUAUAACUCUGAUGACGUGAACAACCGUGGCAGGAGCCCGAGAGGAAGAAGAGGCAGUUCGAAGCCACCAGAAGAUCCUACCGACCCCAACCUUCUAAAUGAUAUCCCAACUUGGUUGAGGAGUUUAAGACUUCACAAGUACACAGACAAUCUUAAGGAUUUAAAGUGGCAAGAACUAGUUGAACUUGAUGAUGAUGCUUUGGAAAAAAGAGGUGUUAAUGCAUUGGGUGCAAGGAGAAAGAUGUUGAAGGUCUUUGAGCAAGUAAAGGAAGCAAAGGAAGAGGGGAAGCUUUGA